CCUCAUUGGUAAGGUAAAUCAGAAAUCUUACCCGAGAGAAACCAAAUAAAAACCCUAACAGUCGUCCAACCAAAAAGUUUUCUUCUUCCUUCCUUCCUUCCGAAGCGCGCAGAGAGAGAGAGAGAGAGAAGUGAGAAACGAAAAUCGGAUCGGGCUUAAGCAGUUCCGAUAAUGGCUUACGCGUCACGUAUCCUCCUCAAUCACUCCAAGAAGUUGAAGGAUGUUUCCACUUUAUUGCGGCGCGAGCAGGCUGCAUCAGUCCGCCACUUCUCCAGUACUAAGCGUGCAUCUCUGAGCAGAGAAGAUGCUUCCAGUGCCCGUCUUGGCUUUUCACCAGUGGAGAGGAUUACCAGAUGUAGCACUGACAUUGUACCAGUGUCUAUUAGUUUUGCAACUACGAGGACAACACUAAGCAGUACAGUGGGAAGGCCGAGACUUGGACAUGAGUUUUCAUGUUCGAUGCAAUCAGUUAGAGGAUUUUCAUCUGGUUCAGAUUUGCCUCCUCAUCAAGAGAUCGGGAUGCCUUCUCUCUCGCCAACAAUGACUGAGGGUAACAUUGCCAAGUGGUUGAAAAAGGAAGGUGAUAAAGUUGCUCCUGGUGAAGUACUCUGUGAAGUUGAAACUGAUAAAGCCACCGUUGAAAUGGAAUGCAUGGAAGAGGGCUUUCUCGCCAAAAUUGUAAAGGCGGAGGGGUCAAAAGAAAUCCAAGUCGGAGAGGUAAUUGCUAUUACAGUCGAAGAUGAAGAGGACAUUGGAAAGUUCAAAGAUUACACCCCAUCAUCUACUGCUGAUGCCACUCCUCCCAAAGAAGAACCAGCUCCUCCCCCACCAAAGGAAGAGAAGGUAGAACAGGCAUCACCGCCUCCUGAACCAAAGACUUCCAAGCCUAGCCCACCUCCCUCAGGAGAUCGUGUUUUUGCUAGCCCUCUUGCAAGAAAGUUGGCUGAAGACAAUAAUGUGCCUCUUUCAAGCAUCAAAGGUACAGGUCCUGAAGGACGAAUAGUGAAGGCUGAUAUCGAGGAUUACUUAGCUUCAGGUGGUAAAGAAGCUACUGCGAAGCAAUCUAAGGUCACUCAUUCUAAGGUUCCAGCUUUGGACUAUGUUGACAUCCCUCAUUCCCAGAUACGGAAGGUUACAGCCUCACGUUUGGCAUUUUCAAAGCAAACUAUCCCUCACUAUUACUUAACCGUUGAUGCAUGUGUUGACAAACUUAUGGGUUUGAGGAGUCAACUCAAUUCAUUCCAAGAGGCUUCUGGUGGGAAACGGAUAUCCGUCAAUGAUCUUGUUGUUAAGGCUGCUGCGUUAGCUCUCAGAAAAGUUCCUCAAUGCAAUAGUUCAUGGACUGAUGAUUACAUCCGCCAGUUUAAAAACGUAAACAUCAACGUCGCAGUGCAGACAGAAAAUGGGCUGUAUGUUCCUGUGGUGAAGGACGCAGACAAGAAAGGUCUGUCCACAAUUGGAGAAGAAGUUCGGUUGUUGGCUCAAAAAGCAAAAGAGAACAGCUUAAAGCCAGAAGAUUAUGAGGGAGGAACAUUUACAGUCUCUAACUUGGGAGGACCUUUUGGAAUCAAGCAAUUCUGUGCAGUGGUUAAUCCCCCUCAAGCCGCCAUUCUAGCUGUUGGAUCUGCUGAGAAGAGAGUUGUUCCUGGUAACGGUCCAGAUGAAUUCAACUUUGCUUCUUACAUGCCUGUAACACUGAGCUGUGACCAUCGCGUAGUAGAUGGUGCCAUUGGAGCUGAAUGGUUGAAAGCAUUCAAAGGCUACAUCGAGAACCCUGAAUCCAUGUUGCUUUAAGAGAGAGAAAAAUCACACAAUGACCAAAACACGUCAAAGCUCAUCAUAGGAGUCUAUGAUCUCUCAUUUCUCUGGUUUAAACACUCUGUACCAAUUUAUUUUCUUUGUUUUUUUUUGUACCAAUAAAUAUGGAGGGUUCUAAUUGAUCAUGGGGGGAUGGGUAAACUAAACCCCAUUGUUUAUUUUGUUAAAUCGAAAUAAUAUUUUGAGUUUUAUGAAUCAA